AUGCUAUCCAAGGGGCUGGAUUACCCUGAUUUAGUCCAAAUAUUCUCAGCAUUGACUGUCCAUGUCCCGCCUAUGGCACUUGGGUUGGAAGAGUCCGAGCUCGUGUCAGUGGAAGGACAAAAAUUGUUAUUAAGUUCCCUACAAGAGUCGCUGAGAAACACUGAGGACCAAUGCAGCAUUGAAGCGUUUAUGGAUGCUGAAAAGAUACUCUAUAAAUUGUGGAAGUGCAGAUCGCAGUACCUGCUGCCAGCCACUGAGGCAUUGGCUAAUGGAAGUAGGAAUGCACCUUGGCGCAUCUUGUAUGGACAGGCUGGUAUACUAGACUUUUUUCUCUGGCUUGUAGCAUCAGAGGAGGGCAUUGAUGAUGACCUUCUCCUCCAUUCACUGCGGCUAAUCGGCAACUCCUGUGCUGAUACGAAUGAAAAUAGGAAGAUUCUAGUCAGAAACAACUACACUGCCGCUAUCAUACGACACCUGAACAACGAAAAGCUAAUUCAGGUCGCUAUUCCUGUUCUGUAUAAUAUAUGCAUUGAUUUCGAACCUGCCCAGUCUCAAAUAGCGUCUAACAAGAUUGUCUAUAUCUUCCUGAGACUGUUGAAAGACAAUGCUUUUGCAAGGCAUCAGGCUCUGCUCGACUAUAUCUACGAGCUGGUUGACUUGGAAUGUUCCAAAGAGGACAUGCAUGCCUUGGCGCAGGCCCGGCUGAAGAUAAAUCAAACAUUGGCUGAAGUCUCUGCAUUGCCCUUGUUUGCAGAGCUAUACCCUCUCAAAUCCCCUCUUGUGCGCUUGCUGGAAUCCUGGCUGACGGCAACGGAAGACCAACUUCAGAUUUGCUCGUGCGUAGUGCUUGGCAAUCUCGCACGAUCGGAUGCAGUCUGUGAAGAGAUGGUCGAAAAGCUGAACAUCCACACCGCGCUCAUGUCGCUCCUGCGAAGCGAAAUCAGGGGCGCAGUCCUUCACUCCGCACUCGGGUUCUUGAAGAACCUGGCCAUUGCUGGCAACAAUAAAAUCCGGCUCGGAGAGGCAGGCCUGAUUCCUGCCGUCUCAAGUCUCUGGCAGUACGAAGCCGUUCCCCAAGUUCAAUUCAUCGCAACGAGCAUUACACGACAAGUGAUCAUCUCCUCAGUGGGGAAUAUCGCUUGCUUGCUUGAUGAUAUUCCUGUAGGCGAGAAGGACAUCAAGGGUGAACAGAGAACAUAUCUCUCAUUGCUCCUCGCACUGUUCGCAAAGACAGACUCGGCUCCCAUCAGAACGGAGAUCGGACGCAUCGUGGCUUCUAUAUGCCGUACCUUGGUCCCCAUGGUGCGCGAGAAGGAUAGUCAGGCCGAGAGUCUACUCAGGAAAGCCUUUAAUCUACACGUCGAUAUACCUUUACCAGUGGGUGCCAUGAUUACUCAGUCGCAGUGGCCUGUGGUGCGGAGCGAAGGCUGGUUCACUCUUGCUCUGAUGGCUUCGAUGCCAGAGGGUUUGACUGCAGCCACGAAAUGUAUAGAGAAGAUGUGCAUUCUGCCGGUGCUCGAGGAAGUGCUUGCUACAGAUCUUACAGAUUCCACCGAAUCAGAAACCCAGCAAAUCAACAAGGAUCGCGGCAACAUCAUCGUGCUUAUGCAAGAGUUACUGAAGAGUGAUGACAUUCUUCCUGACUCCACAAGGACUACUCUCCAAAGCCUGAUGAACACAUAUGCUUCGAGUACCCCGGAUUACCGGACAAUACUCCUCGGCGCACUGGCUCCUGGUGCAUUCUUGAAGCUUGCCGAGGAAGGAGACGAGGAACGCGGCAAGACAAAUGAGAUGCAAAUGCUCGAAGUCUCGCGCCGUGAGAUUCAAAGGAAAGUCGAUGAGGAUGCCAGAGGUCUUACGCGGCUCUGGCAAACCGUCAUACUAUACAGCUAUCGGUUUGUGUACGACCCCAUAGCUACCGGUUUUCGAUUCAUCCAUCUAGUCAUCAUUUUCCUACCGGUUAUUCUCACGGCACCCAUUAUUUGCCUUGGUGGAUACCUUAAGGGGCCGGAGAGAGUGCCAGCAGGGACCAUCUGGUGGUAUAAGUUUCUGGUACGUUCGAUGGAGCGCGCAGGUGCAGCCUUUAUCAAGCUUGGGCAAUGGGCAGCGUCGCGUACUGACAUCUUUCCUCCUGAGCUAUGUGAGAUCAUGUCCUCCCUCCACUCAAACGCGCCUGCGCACUCGUUACGCCAGACCAAGAAAAUCAUUAGCAAGGCUUUCAAUGGGUUGCCGCUUGAGGAUAUCUUUGAGGAAUUUCAUGAAGAACCUCUGGGCGUAGGUGCUAUCGCCCAGGUCUACAAAGCGAAGUUGAAGCCCAAUCUUGCGGGGACAGACGACAGUGAUUUCGACUUCCAAUUAUCCGGGUUGAGGGGCAAGGUUCGGAAGAAUGUCGAAGCAUUGGUCAAGAGCAGCCCCCAGCGAGUCCCGUCGUCGUACGUGGCCGUUAAGGUGCUGCAUCCCAAGGUAGAGCGCGUGAUUCAUAGAGACUUGAAGAUCAUGUCGUUCUUUGCCUCUGUGAUCAAUGCCAUCCCUACCAUGCACUGGUUGUCUUUGCCGGACGAAGUCAAUCAGUUCGGUGAGAUGAUGAAGCUGCAAUUGGAUUUGAGGAUUGAAGCGGCAAAUUUGGUAAUGUUCCGGGAGAAAUUCAGGGCACGUACGACAGCCUGGUUUCCCUACCCAUACAUAGACUAUUCGACCCGGGAGGUGCUUGUGGAAGAGUUUGCGCAGGGCAUCCCCCUCUCGACCUUCCUUGACGUUGGCGGGGGCGUUUACCAACGUGAGAUCGCAAAUGAGGGAUUGGAUGCAUUCCUCCACAUGUUAUUGAUUGAUAACUUUGUCCACGCUGAUUUACACCCAGGAAACAUCAUGGUGAGAUUUUAUCAGCCAAAUGAAUUAGACUUAUCCCUCCGCAACAAAGGCCGUGCAUCAGAUGCGCCAACCACCGCUGAGGUCGACGUCACAGAGUCCGUGCUUGCCCGGCUGCGACCUCAUUCUGGCAGCAAGCGCGAAUGGGAGGGAGUACUCGAUCAACUGAAUGCAGAGGGAUAUCGACCUCAACUGAUCUUCAUCGACACGGGACUUGUAACACAAUUAAAUGAGAUGAACCGCAGAAACUUCAUCGACCUGUUUCGUGCCAUCGCCGAGUUUGACGGCUUUCGAGCGGGUGAACUCAUGGUUGAGCGCUGCCGUCAACCCGAAGCUGUCAUCGAUCCUCAUUACUUUGCAUUAAGAAUGGAACAUCUGGUCUUAAACGUGAAGUCACGUACCUUCGCACUGGGUAACGUCAAGAUCGGCGAUGUUUUGAGUGAGGUGCUGUCCAUGGUCCGAAGUCAUCAUGUCCGAAUGGAGGGUGAUUUCGUCAAUGUGGUUAUCUCCUGUCUUCUCCUCGAAGGUAUUGGUCGAAAUUUGGACCCGGACCUCGACCUAUUCAAAAGCGCCCUGCCGAUAUUGCGAAAGUUAGGUUCGAACGUCACUUCCUUGAAAUCUGUCCGGUCCGGAGAUGUAUCUAUGCUGCGUAUUUGGGUCGGUCUCGAAGCGCGUGAAUUACUCCAGAGCAGCAUCGAUAGCGUUGAACAAAUAUAUAUACACCACGAUGAACUGAGAUUGCAGUGCUUCCACCUCCCACCUCAUCAGCAACCUUUGACAAGCUUUACAAUACAUGUAGAACAGAUUACAUAA